AUGGUUGGCCCCAUAAUCAAAAAAGGAAACACUGCAAUGAGAGAGGCAAUUUCAAGUCAGAGCUUACCUAUUAUGCUUAGAUACCUUGUUACCAGAAAUUCGUUUAAAGACCUGAAAUUUACAAGAGCAGUUUCACCUCAAAAGUUUUAUAGACACAGUUAUGGAAACAUGUCAUGCAAUAAACAUGCACUGAUGGAUUAUAUUUGGUUGUAUGGUACAUACGAGUUUGAGAUAAAAUGGAAUUUUCCGUAUUGUCUCAGCACCAUAGGAGGAAAACAUCACUUUUUCAGCAUAGUUGUGCUCAGAGUUGUAAAUGCCAAUUGUGAGCUGUUAAUGGUGGAUGUUGGAAUGAAUUAUCAUACAUCAUAUGGCAGUGUUCUUUAUUAUUCGAAGUUUGGAGAUCUACUUGGAUUGAACCACCUGAACGUACCAGCAGGAGAAUGA